AGGGUAAUCGUCGGUCAUUUUUCUGAUCUUCAAGUAAGAAAGAAUGUAGACCUUCACUAGAACGCACACUCGCACGAGCACAACUCGUUUGACUUGACUUUUCGACAACUAGAAUACCAUGUAUCGCCUAGUCGUCUUUACCGAGCAACCUGAGCUGGGCUUUGGACCGUCACGGACGACGCGCGAAUCCACUGGAACGCCAGGCCCACGCUUCAGUCCACACUCGUUAUUCUCAAUCACUCAGCGCUUCGAUUAUGGCUUCAGGUAACCCAUCUCCAGAGGCAUCCCGGGACCUUGCUUCCUCUAAGGGAAAAGCAAGCCCAGGAUGGCACUCAAGAUGGAUUCCAGGAAGCUCUAACUCGAGUUAAGUAUUCGCGGUGUGCGCGUCUAUCGGCGAACUGGAGCAAAGAUAGCAGUGGAGGACGAGGAUGAAGUUAUGAGCGUCAGAGACCAUUGCAAGUUGAGGUUUAAAGAAAGAAGUGCAAAUUUAUGCUCUAUCCUUUGUUUCACUUAUGCCUACGUACUUUCGUAAAGAAGAUUCUCUUGCUCCCUUGUUCGUGUCUCUUGUGAUCAUACGUACCUGUACCUCUAACAUCAUCGAUGCCGAAGAUAUUCUUGCUCUUGGGGACGACAAUGGGAUCAUCCGUGAACCCAGCGAAGAUAGUGACGCAGCCGGGCGAAAUGAGGUAAAGACGGGUGCUGCUGGCACAGCAUCCGGGACAGCGGACACACAGUUAAGACAAGGAGCCGUCGAGUUUGAAGAUCGAUAGAAUCCUGAGUGAAAUCAUGCUCAUGUAAGAGUAUUUGAUACCAUCAUUACUCAGUAAGACCAUCUAUUACGUGGUGAUUCAGAUAUGCUUUCAGAUACUGUCGAUGGAGAUAGAUUCUACUCGUAGAAUUAUAGAGUCGUGUCUUCGUCAGUUCUAAUCCACGAGCAGUUUUCAAAUCGAGGCCCUGGGUCACCUGUCCGUCGUCGAGGCUCAGCCUGGGAUCAAGUUGAUGUGAAUUCGCAGCUCCUAUUUGGAAACGACGGCAAGGCUGACCUACUAGGGAUUGAAGCAGCCAAUAAUGCUGUUGAAGAAGUGGGAGCGACUUCUAGCACUUGUUCUCGUGCGAAAUCAGGAGCGCAUGAGCAGCAGGGAGAAGUUACUUCUGCAGAUCAUGCUGGAUCGAAAAUGCUUGGUACAUCAUCAGAAAAGUGAGAAGAUGUUGGUUAUAAUGUUGAACAUCUUCUAAAGAUGUUUAGAGAGUUUCUCAUGAAUAGAAGACAGCGUCUACAAAUCGUAGCUAACUUUGAAUCAUGUCAAGUGUAGAAGAUGUGGUAGUUUUUCCAUUGCCAAAAGAAAAAUGAGAUUUUUGGUACGAACUGCAUUACGAUGAAUCAAUUGUUGAUGCAAACGCUUCGUCAGGAAAUGAAAUGAACUAAAAGUAGAUAAACUCAAAAAUUUUGUGAAAUGAACGUAGAAUUCAAAGAAAUUCUGAUUAUAAUAUUCUAUUUUAAUUGAAUUCAUUUCCUGGUGAAGCAUUUGCGUUUGGUUUCUUUCCUCCUUGCUUUCGUCAUUCAUGAUGGACGUGUAAUAUCAAACCUGAUAAUCUUUGAAUAGUGGGUGCCAUGAUUUUGCAGCAAGCAAUACUAGUAAGUCUGAUCAUAAAACGGUAAUCACAUUCUACAUCAAUUCGCCACUUUUUCCAGCAGGCAGUGAAACUUCUGCAGCGAACAAGACCGGCCCUCGCUCUGGUGGGAAGAAGAAACGAAAGAAGGAGAAGAGCAAAGAAACUGCUGUGGUAGUUGAAGCUGUCGAUGCUCCGAUCACGACCACGCUGCAAACACAAGAAACCGUACACCAGUCGCUUACACAACUCGAUGAUUCAUCUCGGCUCGCUGCUACUCCAGAGCAGUGUUCGCCUACCAGUGGAUCUCCCGUUCUAGUGGGUACCACGAGCUCAGCGUCCUCUUCGACUAGGAGAAAACGCACGACGAAAGGCAGACGAAGUAGCGAGCAGACUCAAUCGCCAUCGCCGGCUCAACUUUUGGGUCAGGCUCCGAACAAUCUGGGUGCCAGUGUAGCGUCUAGCCUAGGAGCAUUCGAGUCCGUGUUUGCCUCGACUGAUGCAGGAGAAGUGCUUUUGACCGCGGUCUUGCCCUGGGAACGCACUGCGGCACUGUUUCUCCUCGCUUUUCCUCCGGAGAUCGAUUUGGAGAGCUUUUUUGAGGAUUUGCAGACAAGUGAAGUCGAAUAUCGGAUAUUCAGACGCGGAAUGCUUGAGAAGUCAAACGGCCAACAACAUGGAGAAAAUCCUUCAGCAGCUUCUCCUGUCACGCCAUACAAGAAGAACAUGGUCGGAUCGGCAGUUUUUUUCUUCGCCACACAAAGACAGGCGGAUGAGUUCUAUCAGAAGAAUCACGGUAGGCUUUUCUACACCAAUAAAGACGCAAAAGACGCAGCGAAACAGGAGUAUAAGCAAGCCUGUGCGUACUUUGUUUUUUUAGAUUCAGUGCAGUAUCGCUCUGCGGUGGAUAUGAAACAAAACCUCUGGUUCCAAGACCAUCCGAAGUGGGCUCGUGAGCACUGUUUCGAAUUGCCAGCCUGUCCGUUUUUUAUGCCUCACUCUAUCUAAUCUAUCUUCAUAAUCAGAGACAUCGAUCCUCUGGACGAGAGGCUUUUCAUCAAGGGGGGAAAAAGCGUCCUCUGUAAGAUGCAUCUCAUUUUCAAGAUGGAUCAGGACAUUAUGUCGUGAGCUCUAAGUUAUGUCUCGAACGCUUAGAUGUUUCCGUUUCGGGCAUUGUGUGUCAUGCAGCUGGUUGGCUCUCGGCCUUUCAGUGGUAUGAGGUGCCUGACAUCCAGAGCUGUGAAUCUUGUAUUCAGUUGGUGCAGGAUGCGCACACGUGCAUGAAUUGUUCGCAGUCCCCACCUACAACAACUACUGUGGGAUGUGGAUCGCUAGGUGGAAUUGCUGGUGGUAGCCUUGACUCCUCAUCUGCUGGACAACAGCUACUAGCCUCUCCUGAAGAGUCCGUUUCUCGGUCUGCGCAAGAACUCUGGCUGUGCCUGGUUUGUGGUUUCGUGGGUUGUUCCCGCUACGCGCGAGGUCAGCACUCGUUGCUGCAUCAAAAAGCCACGGGGCACCGAUUUUCCCUGGAAUUGCGGAGUGGGCGGAUCUGGGACUAUGCUGGCGAUGUCUUUGUCCAUCGACGUCUAGUCCAGUGCGCUGCUGCGGAUCGUGGAGAGCUCUUAGACAUCGCCUUCCCGGAAGAGCAGCAACAACAUCAAAUAGGGUCGCCGCCGGGUGCGAGUCCUUUGUUAAUUGGUGGAGGAGGAGGGGGAGGUGGAACUACGUCGAUCUCGAAUAACGGAACAACAACUACAACAACAUCGAGUUUACUGAAUACCUCCUCGAAUAACAUGAUGAGCUCAACAACAGGACCACCAGGAGCUGCAAGUCAACUACAAAACAAUAACAUCCAUUUAGCAUCUGAGUUAGACCUUCUCUUGACUGCGAACCUAGAGCAUCAGCGCAAGCGCUACAGAGGUCAAUGCGAACGAUUGCAGCAGGAAGAAAGGCUCAUCUGCAAUGCUUUUGAGCGCGAAGAGCGCGACUUAGAAGCAAGAAUCGCCAAGAAAAACGAAGAAGCCGCACAAGCUGCGAAAUUGACCCUCCUCAUGGAGAAAAAAUUACAAGAAGCGAAAGCCAAGGUAGAAAAAGAAAGAGACGAUCUCCAUUUGCUGGAAGAAGUUUUGGCUAGGAAAAAGGAGGAAGAAGCUACAGAAGGCGGCAAAACAGGAGGGCGAGAAGAUCAGAUUGACGAGUCUGCGUAUGUCAAGUCAUUGAGGCAAGAAAUAACCCAAUUGAUGGAAAAAAUAAUGGAGGACGAUUGAUGACAUUGACUUUUGUCCUUACUUUUACUAAAGAGCAGUCAGUGACGUGCUGAAGUUUACUACAGAGUGAC